AUGGCCAGCUUUGGAAAGGCAUUGGAGAGGAUUGAUGACAUUGAGAAGACAAUUGACACCAAGUUGGAUGCCAAGUUCGAUGCAGUACUCGCACGUCUACCACAACCACCACCCGCAUCUGCUACACCAUUGCAACAACAUCAACAACCACCUCCACGCCACGAUCCAGCAGGGCAAGCGCAGUGUGUUCCUCUUGAGCCAGGACAAACUUUUGGUGUCGCUGCUACUGUUGUUGAUGCUUCUGUUGCUCCUGCUGAUACUACAGAGGUGGAGGACUAUUACGAGGAUGAGGUGGAAGACUUGAUAGCCAGCUUUGGAAAGGCAUUGGAGAGGAUUGAUGACGUUGAGAAGACAAUUGACACCAAGUUGGAUGCCAAGUUUGAUGCAGUACUCGCAUGUCUACCACAACCACCACCCGCAUCUGCUACACCAUUGCAAGAACAUCAACAACCACCUCCACCCCACGAUCCAGCAGGGCGAGUGCAGCGUGUUCCUCUUGAGCCAGGACAAACUUUUGGUGCCGCUGCUACUGCUGUUUUUGCUUCUGUCGCUCCUGCUGCGGAGGUGGAGGACUAUUACGAGGAUGAGGUUGAUCAAAAUCAAAACUACAUGAAACAACCAACACCACCACCACCAGGUCGACCUCAUGCAUAUAAUCGCAAUGGUAGGGCUGCAACACCACCUCAGGAGAGACCUCCACCACCACCAGAUGCUGAUGAGUCAUCUCUUCAGACUCCCGGCUCUUAUCCUGGCGAAAAGGCUAAGAGAGAGAAGAAUGCCCUCAAAAGAGCCAAGAAGGCUGAAAAGGAAAGGGCUCAUGAAGAGGAAAAUUGUCGCCUCCUCAAGGAUGACGUUGAAAAGAAAAAGGCUGAAGGAAAAUUAAAAGGUCGCGCUAAGCGCAAACAUGAUCCUAGUGCAAGGAAAAAGAGCGCACCAAAGAAGAGAUCGACUGAACCAACCGAAAUAAAUGCAGAAAGCAAUUCUUCUGAUAAAGAUGAUCCACCACCACCAACAACAAGAGAGGAAACUGAUGCCAUCUCAGUGAGCAAGUGA